AUGCGCAUCCGUCUGCUUCUGACCUGCUUGACGCUGCUGGGAGGAGGAGGAGGAGGAGGAGGAGGAGGAGGCAUCUUUGUGUCAGGGCAGUGGCCCAUUUGCUAUGAUCAUGCGGUCCCGAACGGAUGCAUGGAUAGAGAUGCGAACACAGGAGCAGAGCUUCCAGGAAAAGUGGCUGUGCAGGGAGCCUGCUACUAUUCAGACCCAUGGACAGAGAAUAGCACCUUUCCUUGGUUGGGAAAUCAAAACGACACCACAAAGACGCUUCCGCUGUGCUCAAACGAGCUGAGAAGGGCCUUCGAUCUACGUACAAGCCAAGUGAACACAGAUUGUGACUACAAGUCUUUCCUGGCCGUGCAAAGAUGCGGCAACUGUUGGGUUUCCAUCUGCAACUUCCACAACGCUCUCACGUGGAAGAACGCAGGAGGCCAGUACAUGUGCAUGAUGGACCUCUUCAUCAGGAGGAUGGAAUGUUACAGCUCCUGGUACAGCAAGUACUGCGGGGUCAAGCAGGACGGUUCCCCGUUCAUCUCGGCCGACAAGAACGGCCUCUACGAUAUCUGCUCGGGCGGCUCUCGUGUUUCCGUCAGCGCUACGUUGACGUUUUUGUUCAUGAUACUGAUGGUCACGAGGCUGCAAAGCCUGUGA